AAUGAGUCAAGGAAAGAAUAAUAAUCAACCAUUUUUUUUCGGAAGCAAUGCCUCUGAAUUUGAUCAAUCAUUUCUGUUUUAAAGGUACGACUUUACAUCUAAACAUAUCAUUCUAUUUACUGAUAUCCAUAUAUUAUAUUUUGAUAUACGAUGAUUAUAUUAGCAAUCAACAUUUUAUGCAGCGAUUUCCACCUGAUAUACAGCAAUACCUUUUGAGAUAGCUACUAAACCCAAACUUAAUCCAGUGCAUUAAUUAAAACUCAUAAUCAAAAGAUUGCUUUCAAGCUUCAAAUUUACUAAGUAAGGUUAACCAUACUCUUAAUACUCAUAUUAUAUCACUUAUAUUUAUGUUUGUUAGACUUAUUUCUUAGAUUUUCCAGCUUUGAUGAAUGGGAUUGAAUUGUUAUAAUAUCUACCAAAUUCUGUAUAAUCAUAGUCAUAGCUAAACUUGUUAAACAAUUAAUCAUAGGGGAAUUCAGGUCAAAAGAUUAAAAAUAAUGCAGACCACCCUAUAACAGUAGAUGAUGAUGAACCAGAAUAACCUACUAAGAAAUGUUAUAAUACUUAAUGUAAGAAUGUUGGAGACAAGAAAAUCAAAUCCAAAAGGCAUGAUAUAUUAUUCUUUUGUGACAAAUGUUCUAAAUUAUAUAAUAAAGGAAAUUAUUGUGAUUUUUGUGAACAAGUAUCAAUAUCCAUUUAUUAAAGGUUUAUGGCUCUUAUGAUGAUGAAGCAGGUUGGGUUUAAUGUGAUCAAUGCUAAAAAUGGGUAUGCUACAUAUUUAUAAUAAAAAUAGAAUCACAUUGCUUGUGAAUAAAAAUAUAGAAAUUAAAAUAUUCAAAAUGAACCAGAAACUACUCCAUAUCAUUGUUUAAAUUGUUCCAAAAACAUUAAAAAAACUAAACCAGUUAAAAAACCUGAAGAACUUCCUCCUUAAAAGUAGCGUCCUAUUCUUGAACAAGAUGAUGCUAGAAAUAGAGAAAAGAAUAUAAAUUUUGUAGCUACAAAGGACAAUAAAAUAUAAUAUAGUAAUUUAAUACAAAUUAAGUUUUAGCUUAUCGUUUAAACUUGUUAGAAGAAGAAAUCAAAGUAGAUUUAGAUCUCCUUCGAAAUUCGAUUAAAAAAGUUAAAAAAUUAUAAUUGUCUUCUCCACCUUAAAUAUUUCAAUAGACUAUAAUAUCUUCUCAAUAAUAAUAACAACAAUAAGAAGUAAAAUAUUCAAUUUUAAUUUAAAGAUUUAAGAAUAAUCUACAUAAGGUAGUAGAAGUUUGAGAAGAAGAAUAAAUUAAAAAUUAAAUUAUAGAGAUUUAGUUGGGGAAUAUUGA